AUGGAAAGGAAACCAAAUAAAAAAGAAAAAAAAAGAAAAGAAAAGGAAAAAGAAACAAGUUAUAUAUCAGACACUGUAACGCUUUGUGGAACAUUAAUAAGAGAUUCAAUGAUAGUUGCAUCUGAAAUUAUACAAAAUAAUUAUUAUCCAAUUAAGGAAUCUAUAAUAAAUGCUUAUGAUAGUUAUUUCUGUGAGUGCUCUCAACAAACUAGUGUAAAUGGUAAUGUUCCUUUUUUUACUAUCAAAUCGGACACUUUUUAA